CCGUCAGAUCGGCAUGGCCGGCGUCGACUUCCCGACCUACUCGCAGGUGCCGCCCGACCUGGCCUUCUCGUGCCAGGACAAGAUUCCCGGAUACUACGCCGACCCCGAGGCGCAGUGCCAGGUGUGGCACUGGUGCGUGCCCGGCGGCCAGAGGUACUCGUUCCUCUGCCCCAACAUGACGCUCUUCAACCAGCUGUACAGAGUUUGCGACUGGUGGUACAACGUGGACUGCGCGGGCUCGCCGGACAGCUACAGCGUCAACGAAGAUCUCUACAAGAUUCCUGAAGGACGCGGCUUUGGCGACGAGGCUUUGGUCGACGCGUAAAAAGUGCUCCUUUGUACUCAUACGUGUAUAUCCCCCAUAUAUAUAUGUGUGUAUGUAAUGUAUGUAUAUUCACCUGAAAGGAGCUGAUCGCUGGAAAUGUGUAGCUGCAUCUCAUUUUCUGAUUCAUCGAUAGAAUGACAUUGUAAUCUAUGGGAUAUUUUCCGACAUGUGAUUUGCUUUCAUUUUGUAAAAUGCUGUCGGUGUCUGCUGCAAAAAUACAAAAUGAUAUUGGUGUCUGAUAUGGUAUUCACUUGCGAUUGCAUGUAUACACUAGCAAUUAUUAUA